AUGCCUCUAGCCGCAGUAGGACAAAUCUGCUCCACCGCCGACCUCACGCACAACCUGCAGCAAUGCCAGCGCCUCGUCAAGAAAGCCUCAGAAGCCGGCGCCGCCGUGCUCUUCCUCCCGGAGGCCUCGGACUACAUCAACACCAACCCGGCCCUGAACCUCUGCAAAUCCGUCGAAGACUCCGAAUUCGUCCAGGGCCUGCUCCAAGCCGCCAAACAGUACCGCCUGCCCAUCCACGUCGGCAUCCACGAGCCCGCGCACGGCUCCAAGACCGCAAACACGCUGAUCUGGAUCAACGAGGAGGGCGCGAUUACCCACCGGUACCAGAAACUGCACUUGUUUGAUGUCGACAUCGCCGGCGGGCCGUCGCUGCAGGAGAGCCGCAGUGUGGAGCCCGGGGCCGAGCUGCCCGCGCCGUUCGACUCGCCGCUGGGCCGCAUCGGCCCGCAGAUCUGCUUCGACAUGCGGUUUCCGGAGCCGGGGCUGGCGUAUUCGCGGCGCGGCGCGCAUGUGGUGACGUAUCCGUCGGCGUUUACGACGGCGACGGGGCGCGCGGGGCAUUGGCAUACGCUGUUGCGCGCGAGGGCGAUUGAGACGCAGAGCUAUAUUGUUGCGGCGGCGCAGGUGGGGAAGCAUGAUGAGGAGGGGAAGAGGCAUAGUUAUGGGCAUAGCUUGAUUGUGGAUCCGUGGGGGAAGGUUGUGGCGGAGCUGGGGGGCGAGGAGGAUGAGAAGGGGCGGGGGCUGGAUGAUGGGGAGAUUGCGGUCGCGGAGAUUGAUAUCGAGUAUGUGGAGAAGAUUCGGAGGGAGAUUCCGUUGCUGAGACGGGCAGACGUGUAUCCUGAGCUGAAGUAG